AUGUCGUGCGACUCAAUAGUCUCCAUUAUUAACACGGUAUCCUUUGAGUCUGAAGCACACCCUGAGGUCUUGUCAGCUCUUCUUCAGACUAGCGCGAGCCUUCAAUUCUGUUCGGAAUCCGGCAGGAAGGAUCUUUUUGGAGGCCGCCCGCAACGACUCAAAUCUGGACAAUUCCGUAACUCAGCCGCGAUGCCUCCUCGAACGCGGUCUGCACCGGAUGCGAGCGAACCGCGGCAGACGCGGUCGCACACGAAGGGAGUUCAGAAAGUUUUGACUGCCUCAGAAUCGCGUUCUCGCAACUCCGCGAAGAAGAAGAAAGAUGUCUCUCCACCAAAAGAUGAAGGUCACCCAGCCACAGAUGGAUCAAAGCAAAAGAGCUCUCGUACGAGCAAAACUACUGACGUGGCCGAUGAAGAAGCUGCGGAGUCGGUUGUGCAACGUCAAGGGAAGGCGAAGCUACCGGCGAAGAGGGACACUAAGGCCGGGAGGACAUCCCCUUCCGACUCCGACGGUGGUGAUGGCAAGUCUGUGGCACCGGCGAGCGAGGAUGACGGCAUCGAUGCACCCAGCAACAAUGACAAGGACACGAAUCUCGACUCAGCAGAGCCAGAUGCUCACGCGGCCGCCAACCUACACAGAUCGGUUGAUGAGGCUGAUGCGUACAACGAGGACGAGAGCAGUGAAGAGCCAGCCGGCGAUAAUGGACUUCAUGAGGAACAUGGAAGGACAGAUGUAGACAGAGGUGGAGACCGAAGAGUGCCCAACACCGAAGACUCGGAGGACGGCGCCAUUUACAGUGACACUUAA